AUGAAUGGAAAUCUCAUCAACCUUCAAUCCACCAUCAUCUCUUCAAACAUGCAAAAACUGGCCGGUCUUCUUCUUGUGGCAUUCUCCGUCUUUGAACAGACAACAGCCCAAACAUGUUCUCCCGUGCCAUCCUCUGGUUAUUGGGUCAAUGCUGGACCUUAUAUCUUUGGUACCUGUCCGGAUCCAUCGACCACUUGCUAUGAUGAUGGUACUGGAGAUGCUUGCUGGAGAGCCACCUGUCAACCAUUGCCAUCCACUGUCACUUGGGGAGCCGGAGGACCAUCAAUCGGUGGCUGUGGCUCUGGCUUCACUUGUUACUAUGCGCCCGAUGCCUUCGGACCAACCUAUUCGGAUCAAUGCUUCUCCGAUUGUCCCCCCGUUCCCGCUGGAUACCCAUACACCGCUUAUGGACCUAACAUCAACGGAUGCAACGAUCCAGCAGCCCCCAACUGUUACUACUACAAUAACGACAAUCAAUGCUAUCCA